AUGGCUUCAGAAAAUCAACCGAAAGUUAUCUUAUUUGAUAUUGGGGGUGUUUGUGUCCUCUCUCCCAUGCAAGGAAUUCUCGAUUUCGAAAUAUCCAACAACAUCCCACCCGGCUGGAUUAACUAUGCCAUCUCCAAAAACAAGCCCAACGGAUUCUGGCACCGUCUCGAACGUGGUGAACUAGAAUUAAACGAUUCUUGGUACGCCGGUUUCACCUCUGAUCUUAGCCACCCCUCUUUCUGGACCUCUUUCUAUAAUUCCGUGCGAGAAAAAUAUUCUCUCCCAUCGGAAGUCCCACCCGUACCGCAAAUAGACGGCGAAGCACUUUUCUGGUCGAUGAUGGAUAAUUCAAGGGAGUUUGAUCCCUGGAUGUACCCCUGUCUCCAAAAACUAAAAGUAUCCAAAAAAUAUAUCCUAGCCGGGCUCUCCAACACCGUAAUCUUUCCCCCCGAUCAUCCAUAUUCCAAACCAUAUUCCUUCAUUUCCGAAAUCUUCGAUGUAUUUAUAUCCUCAGCACAUGUUCACCUCCGCAAACCCUCCCCGGAAAUCUACUCCUUAGCACUACAAACUCUCCGCAAUCAUUAUUCCUCAAAAAAGUCCUCUUCUCCUCCUCUCUCCCCAUCAGAUAUUCUAUUUCUAGACGAUAUUGGAGAGAAUCUCAAAGCUGCCAAGACAGCCGGCUUCCGUACUUUAAAGGUAGAAUUAGGACGUGCGUAUGAGGCUGUUGAUGAGCUAGAGAAGAUUACCGGGUUAGAGUUGACUGGGGAACAUCCUAAGAUACCGAUUAAGUUGGGGGUUAAGGGGAAGGGGAGGGAUGUUAAAUUGUAG